GCAGGGUGGAGAGUGAGGCACAAGGGGCAGGUGUCUUAGUCGCAAGAGGCUCUGUUUCUUGUUUGGCCUCUUCCUCUUUACUUUACUUUCUUUCUGCUUAAGAAUUUGAACUUCAUUUUCUUGCUCAUUAUACCCCACAACCUUGCAAUUUACAUAGAAAAUAAUGGCCCUUUCUUCAUUUAUAUGAUAAUACCUGAAAGGACCCAUCAGACGGUUCUGGUUCUUUUGCUUUCUCACCUAGAUAAUUAAAUAACCAUUUCUUUUGUUUUCUUAUAAACUUUUGACAUCUGGUCUGCCUGUUUUUGUUUCCUUUUUUUCGAUAUUUGGCUUGUUUUAUUCGAUGUAUACAUGCUUUGUUUGGUUGAUGGUAUUGAUGUACUGAUCUGUUAUCUCUGCCCAAUAGUAGUAAGGGAUCAAACUACUAGAAUAUUUGAUUUAUUGAACUGGGUUAGUAACUAACGGUUUGAUUGAUCUUUGAUUUGUGCUCCUUCCUUCCUUUCUUUCUUUCAGGAUAUUUAGUCAGUUGUUAGUAGUCCUAGGUAGGUUGGAUUCUUAGUUUCUGGAAAAGAUGAGUGGAGCUGUGCUUGUAGCUGUUGUUGCUGCAGUUGGUAACUUACUGCAAGGAUGGGAUAAUGCAACCAUUGCAGGGGCUGUUUUGUACAUAAAAAGGGAAUUUCAGUUGGAAAGUGAACCAACUAUAGAAGGACUAAUUGUGGCAAUGUCACUUAUUGGAGCCACUUUGAUAACUACAUGUUCUGGAGCCAUAUCAGAUUGGCUAGGGCGGCGGCCUAUGCUGAUCAUCUCUUCUGUACUUUAUUGUGUUAGUGGUAUUGUGAUGUUUUGGUCUCCCAAUGUCUAUGUUCUACUUUUGGCAAGGCUGUUGGAUGGAUUUGGUAUCGGUCUGGCUGUUACUCUCGUUCCAGUCUACAUAUCUGAGACUGCACCGCCUGAAAUUAGGGGUUUAUUGAAUACUCUUCCUCAGUUCACUGGAUCUGGUGGCAUGUUCCUUUCAUAUUGUAUGGUGUUUGGGAUGUCCUUGACGAAAGCACCAAGUUGGAGAUUGAUGCUUGGAGUUCUUUCUAUUCCCUCUGUCGCUUAUUUGGCUUUGACUAUAUUUUACUUGCCUGAGUCUCCGAGGUGGCUUGUUAGUAAGGGACGGAUGCUUGAGGCCAAAAAGGUUUUGCAGAGGCUUCGUGGCAGGGAAGAUGUUUCUGGUGAGCUGGCUUUAUUGGUUGAAGGUCUUGGAGUUGGGGGUGAAACAUCAUUGGAGGAGUACAUAAUUGGCCCAGCUGAUGAUGUCAUUGAUGACCAAGAUAUAUCUAUGGAUAAAGACCACAUCAAGCUAUAUGGUCCUGAAGAAGGUCUUAGCUGGGUUGCCAAACCUGUCACUGGGCAGAGCACUAUCGGUCUUGUAUCUCGGCAUGGGAGCAUGGCAAACCAGACUGUGCCUCUCAUGGAUCCCGUUGUCACCCUUUUUGGUAGUGUACACGAAAAGUUCCCUGAGACAGGAAGCAUGAAAAGUAUGCUUUUUCCACACUUUGGCAGCAUGUUCAGUGUGGGAGGGAAUCAAACUAGAAAUGAAGAAUGGGAUGAGGAAAGCCAAAACAGAGAGGGUGAGGAUUAUCCAUCUGAUGCUGGCGGUGCUGAUUCUGAUGAUAAUUUACAAAGUCCAUUAAUCUCACGUCAGACAACAAGCAUGGACAAAGAAUUGGUCCCACCUGCCCACGGAAGCCUUUCAGGCAUGAGGCGUGGCAGUUUGCUGCAAGGAAAUGCUGGAGACUCAGUUGGUAGCGCUGGGAUUGGUGGUGGUUGGCAGUUAGCAUGGAAAUGGUCUGAGAGAGAAGGCCAAGAUGGGAAAAAGGAAGGAGGCUUUAAAAGAAUUUAUUUGCAUCAGGAGGGUGUCCCUGGUUCUCAACGUGGAUCUCUGGUUUCUUUGCAUGGUGGUGAUGCCCCUGCAGAGGGUGAAUUCAUCCAGGCUGCUGCUUUGGUUAGCCAACCAGCUCUUUAUUCCAAGGAGCUCGUGAAUCAGCAUCCCAUUGGACCAGCUAUGGUUCACCCAUCUGAAACAGUGGCUAAGGGGCCUAGUUGGAGUGAUCUAUUUGAACCAGGAGUCAAGCAUGCAUUGGCUGUUGGGAUUGGAAUUCAAAUACUUCAGCAGAAUCUUAUAUACAUGCAGUUCUCUGGCAUAAAUGGGGUUCUCUACUACACUCCUCAAAUUCUUGAGCAGGCAGGUGUUGGAGUUCUUCUUUCAAACAUGGGCAUCAGUGCAGCUUCUGUAUCUCUACUUAUUAGUGCCAUUACAACAUUAUUAAUGCUCCCUUGUAUAGCUGUUGCCAUGAGGCUCAUGGAUAUCUCUGGAAGAAGGAGUUUGUUACUAUGCACAAUUCCUAUCUUGAUAGUCUCUCUCCUCAUUCUAGUCCUUGGAAGUGCAGUGAAUCUAGGCAAUGUCGUGAAUGCAUCUAUCUCAACUGCUAGUGUUAUAAUCUACUUCUGUUGCUUUGUGAUGGGAUUUGGGCCAAUUCCUAACAUACUUUGUUCAGAGAUCUUUCCAACACGUGUUCGUGGCCUCUGCAUUGCCAUAUGUGCCCUGACAUUUUGGAUCGGUGAUAUCAUUGUUACCUAUACACUCCCAGUAAUGCUGAAAUCUAUGGGUCUUGCUGGUGUCUUUGGUUUGUAUGCAGUUGUGUGCAUCAUAUCGUUGGGGUUUGUCUACUUGAAAGUUCCAGAAACCAAGGGCAUGCCCCUUGAAGUAAUAACCGAGUUCUUCUCCCUUGGCGCAAAGCAGGCUGCAGCUGCCAAGAAUGAUUGACAUUUAGAGUACCUUGUGAUGAGAAGUUUUGACUUUUUCUAGUUGUUUUUUCAUAUGGAUUUUCUUUUGUGUGGGGAACAAGAAUUUAUAUUUUUUUAGAAAGAAUGUGUAUAUUUUGCCAUUGUUGGGUUUUGGUUUUCAAGACCUUCAAGUUUCAUUUUUAUUCAAAUUUGGAAGUUCUCAAUUA